CUCUUCGCAGUCAUCCACUCUCCAAGGUGUGCCCAAUCCGACGGCGGACAUGGAGUCUUCGUACGUCUGAAGCGUGGCGUGACGCUGGAGAGGGCAUCAGCAUCAUGAUCAUCGGGAGAGCCGCACCUUCCUGAGCCACUCGUGGCUUGUCAGUGGCUGGUGACUGCCUUAGCUCUACCAUGUCUUACUAGACGACAUGCGGGAGAUCAACGAGUCCGUCGAGUGUUCCUAGGAUUAGUUUCAUUCUUAUUUUCAGUGAUCAAAUCACACCUCUCCAUUCAUCAGGGCUGAAUGUGGCCUUUACCUUUUCCGUCAUGUCCCGUCGACCCGUUCUAGUUGGGCUUGCAUCUGGAAAGUCCCCCAAAGGGCGCGUGGUGGUUCAGCUUCGUUCCCACCCACACCUCGUAUUGCGGCAAGGUUUCACCUCACCCGGUAGUGAUCCAUGGCUACCUCGUGGGGCUCGUAGGCUGCGCAGGGGCUUCGUUAAAGUUGUUGGUUCUAGCAUCUUAUUCGUUCAUGUCAAAGGCUUGGUGUUCUUAAUAUCAGCUUAAUCUCACGGCAUGCCCAGCGUAC